AUGCCUUCCGACUUCGCCACACAAAUUGGUGUGACAAGACUUCCUAACCUCACUGGGGAUGGCCGCGAUGGUUUUCCAUCUCGUGCUCAACACGAUUGGUGUGUUGCGCAGUACCUUGGCGAGAUGUGCGAAAAGAAAAGAGGAAAGGCUUUGAUUGACAAAAAUCUCUACGACCGCAUCCUGGCCGUAUGCUUCGAUGACAGUAACAAGAAGACCGAGACCGCCCAGUUCCGCUGGUGGGUACGCCGGACCUUCAAGCUUUACUCUGAGCCUCAUGGUCAUUAUUUGAUGCACGAAAAUCGUCCGAUUGCGGUCAAAGAACAAAUCUACGACAUCCUUGUCUAUGCGCAUGCUGAAUGCGGACACGGCGGUCGGGAUAAGACGUCGGCCGCAGUUCGGCGAUACUUCUCCUGGAUCCCGAAGGAUGUCGUUUCCCGCUUUGUUUCAGUCUGCCCCGGGUGCCACGCUCGUACGCAGAAAGACGAUGAGUACUUCAGCAACAAGGGAGUCGAUGGAUACUAUCCCGUCCACGAUAAAGUCCGUCAAAUGUCAAUCGAUAGCAGAAGAUCAAGCGUCGAUGACUAUAAGCACACCUCACCUUAUCAACCACUCUUGGCAGCUGGUAUGGUUAAGAUCCUCAAAGCCAUUGAAGGAGCUAGAGCUUUUCUUCCUCUGUCGGACCAAAACCCACAGAUGGUACACGCCCCAUCUGCAAGCACCACCAACGUUAUUCAAAGCAAUUACCUCCCCAUUCCUGGUACGCAUCUACUCAACUUCACAUCGGGAAGCAACUGUCCUUCGCCUUUGAGUUUGCCACAAACACCUCACAGAUCUAUUCCAAGCCCUGCAAACUACUCCGGCCCUGAUGGAUCGGCAUCAGGUGUUUACCGUGAAAGUUUUCCUGGCCCAGUCGAGAUGAAUCCGUAUUUCGGAUCAAGUUAUUUGAAUGUACCCCAAUCUCUUGGUGUACCGAACUAUCAAGCGCGGUCUUUGAGUCUUCCAGCCGUCGGUAUGAAAGGUCGCUCGUCGUUAGAGCAAGAGUUCAUUGGAAUUCCCACAUCAUCAAAUCCUGAAAUAUUCACCGGCCGUAUUGUUAACGCGAGGAGUAAGUCCCAGUGUUCCCCCUUCCCACAUAUCGCCAAACCCCCUCGGCCAAGCGUAGGACGUAAACUGUCCUCCAAGUCAAAGGAAUACAAGAAGAUGGUUCUUCCAGAGACCUAUGUCCCAUCGGCAGAUAUCUAUUGUCCUACUUCCUACUAUGGCUCUCAGUCCUCAGCUCAGAGUUUGUCAAACUCGGAAGAUGAUGGCAACAGCAAAUCAACCUUCUCAUCGCCCCCAACUUACCAAACCAUGUUGCAGUAUCAAGGAAACUUCCAGGAUUACUCGCUAUCACAGAGCUCAAACCAAGAGCUGGAAAACCUUCAACCUCUUGACCUUCACCAGCAAGUAGGACCUUUCGGCGAAUACGCCUCGGAACAUUCGGUACCUGACUUUUCAGCUCUCAGCAACCUACCCAUAUCUCAUCUGAGCUAUAUGGACCCAUACAAUGCGGACGCCUUCUUGUCAGGAGUCCAGGUUCCCGAGAGCUGGAACAUUGGUACCGAUGGUAUUUGUGACUACAUGCUCCCGGAUCUGUUGAACAGCCAGCUCUUCGACAACUCCCCCACCGAUUACUGCACCCUCGUCAACCUACAAACACCCGGAGCUCCCACUGACGCACUCGGCAAUGAUGCACAACUUGAAUCAUCCACCUUUCCUGCCCUCGAUUCAUGGUCUUCUGGUUCUGGAUCUCAAGAGCUUUAUAACAUGCCCGACCCGUGCUACCAGACCCUUUACCUUCCAAUCAAUCAAGCUAAUGCCGACCUUUUCCAACUGGGCCCACAAACUAUCCCUUCUGAUAUCGACACACACCAUCAAGGCCUCACUUUCCCCAACAACGACUGCUUCAAGAACCUUUCAACUAUGGAGCCUUCUUCAAGCUACCCUCCUAACAGCUUAGGAAUCAACUUCCCCGAUGAGUUUCAAUUCGGCCCUAAUCCCAUCUAUUGA